AUGACAAACCAAUACAAACACCUGAGGAAGUUGCCUGUACAGAGCUUCAAGUCUACUACUCCAGGGAUACUGAUUGGGCUCAACAAUUCGCAUCUCCUUGCCACGCUGAAGCUGCGAGAAGGUCGUCCACAAGAACCUAUGGCAUCAAAGACUCGUAUUGGCUGGGCCGUAUAUGGAAGCAUACAAGGGGGAGAACAGCUGAAACACCGGCAGAUGCAUAUUUGCGCUCAUGCUGCGACCGCUGAUCUACACGAAUAUGUUCGGGAGUUCUUUUCGCUAGAGAGCCUCGGGAUUGCGUUGGCACCUAAUUUGGAAGGAGUUGAAGCGGAACGGGCCCGGAAGAUAUUGAAAGAGACUACAGCAAGGACUGAGAGCGGAAAGUUCGAAACAGGGUUGUUGUGGAAACACGACUAUAUCGAGCUACCGGACAGCUGGCCUAUGGCAGAAAAGCGUUUAAGAUGUCUGGAGAAACGGCUACAGAAGCAUCCAGCAUUGUACGAUACUGUACGCUGGCAGAUAGCAGAAUUCUUGUCUAAAGGAUAUGUGCACGAGUCAACCGAGGACGAGUUGAAUGGCUUCGACCUACGACGUACGUGGUACUUGCCUCUCGGUAUCGUGGUGAAUCCACACAAACCCGGCAAGGUUCGUCUCAUCUGGGAUGCGGCGGCUAAAGUCGAGGGCAUUUCACUAAAUGACCAGCUAUUGAAAGGCCCGGACCUUCUGACUUCACUGUUGGCUGUUCUAUUUCAGUUCCGUGAACGCGAAGUAGCAAUAUCGGCGGAUAUCAUGGAGAUGUUCCUCCAGAUUCUUAUCCGCGCUGUCGACCGCAGUGCUCUACUGUUUUUGUGGCGGGAUUCUCCGGAGCUGCCUAUCAAGAUAAUGGUAACCGACGUGGCCAUAUUCGGAGCGACCUGCUCACCCGUUCAAUCGCAGUUCGUAAAGAACCUAAAUGCAGCAGAACACGGGGAGCUGUAUCCAAGAGCGGCCUCGGCGAUACAAAACAAGCAUUACGUCGAUGACUACCUCGACAGCGUCGACACGAUCGAAGAAGCGGUUCAACUAGCAAGCGAAGUGGCAGCGAUUCAUGGGAAGGCUGAUUUCUUUAUCCGGAACUGGACAUCAAACAGCGUGGAAGUCCUCGAGCGCAUCGGAGAAGCCAAUCCUGCUGCGGUUAAGCGAUUUGCGGUGGGUAAAGAUUGUAGGUUUGAGCGGUUGCUAGGGAUGAUUUGGUCUCCAGAAGAAGAUGUAUUCUCCUUUGGUCUGCACUUUCGUGAGGAACUACGGCAGCUCAUAGACGGUGAAGUUAUUCCGACUAAACGGGAGCUACUGAGCGUUGUGAUGAGUCUCUACGAUCCCCUCGGUUUGAUUGCAGCUUUCAUUAUCCACGGUAAAGUUCUGGUGCAAGAUACGUGGAGAGAAAACAUCGGCUGGGAUGAAAAGGUUUCAUCUGAUAUAUUCUGCCGCUGGAAUCAGUGGUUGAUAGCUCUACGAGAGAUGACUAAGGUGAAGAUCAGUCGUUGCUAUUUUCCAGGAUACAUGCCAGCCAGCUACGAGUCGCUCCAACUCCACAUCUUCGUCGAUGCGAGCGAUAAGGCCAUUGCUGCGGUGGCAUACUUCCGAAUCGUCGACAGGGGAGAAGUUCGAUGUACCCUUGUCUCAUCGAAGACCAAAGUAGCACCCCUGCAAACACUUUCGAUGCCGCGACUAGAGCUAAUGGCGGCCUUAAUAGGAGCUCGUCUGAGACAAGCCAUCAUAGAUAAUCAUUCCGUGAAGAUAACUCGCACCUUUUUCUGGAGUGAUUCUACAACAGUAAUUGCUUGGAUAAAGUCGGAUUCACGUCGCUACCGCCAAUUUGUCGCUUUUAGAGUCAACGAAAUUCUUAGUUUGUCUACGGUGGAUGAAUGGAAUUGGAUAGGAACGAAAACCAACGUAGCUGACGAAGCAACAAAGUGGGGAAAAGGGCCAUCAACCGAAAUCGAAAGCCGGUGGUAUCGCGGACCUGCAUUCCUGUACGACCAAGCCGGGGAGUGGUUAGAAGAAAACGUGGAAGAUACAAACGAAGAACUUCGACCAGCUUUCGUCUGUCCGCAUUUCAUCGUCAAGCCAACAGUUGAAUUUGAACGGUUCUCUAAGUUCGAGCGUUUGAAGCGAUGCAUUGCGUAUGUCCAUCGAUUCCUGGACAACCUACGUCGAGCGUCCACGGGUAGUGUUCGAGUUACAGCGAAAGAAUUAAGCCGAGAGGAAUUGCAAAAGGCGGAGUGCAGUUUGUGGAUACUGGUACAGUCGGACGCAUAUCCUGAUGAGGUGGCAACGAUGAAACGUAGCAGAGAACCCGAGAACGAAGUAAAGAAACUGGAGCGUUCGAGUAAAAUUGCGAAGCUGUCGCCGAUGAUGGAUGAGCACGGAAUCCUUCGAGUAGAUAGUCGGAUCGGUGCAGCAGAGUAUUUGCCGUACGAUGCAAGAUACCCGAUCAUCCUACCACAUGAUCAUCGUGUGGUGAUGCUACUGCUGGAUUGGUAUCAUCGUGACUUUCGUCAUGCCAACGAUGAAACAGUGGUGAACGAAAUUCGCCAAAGAUUUUGCAUAUCUCAGUUGAGAACACGCGUACGCCUGACGAAGACUCGCUGCAUGUGGUGUCGAGUGUACAAGUCCGUUCCAGUGGCACCGAAGAUGGGACCGCUACCAACGGUAAGAUUAACGCCGCAUGUACGUGCCUUCACUUUCAUCGGGGUCGAUUAUUUCGGGCCGUACUUGGUAAAAAUUGGUCGGAGCGUAGCUAAACGUUGGGGUGUGGUAUUCACGUGCUUGACUAUUAGAGCCAUACACAUCGAGGUAGCAAGCAGCCUGUCAUCCGAUUCGUGCAAAAAAGCAAUGCGCAGGUUCAUUGCGCGACGUGGAGCCCCUCAAGAGAUCUACUCCGACAACGGUACCAAUUUUGUCGGGGUCAGCCGGGAGCUGAAAAGGGAAAUCGAGGGAAUCAAUGCGAAGUUAAGCAGUACCUUCACGGACACCUAUACGCAGUGGAGGUUCAACCCACCCUCAGCACCACACAUGGGAGGCUGCUGGGAACGGAUGGUUCGGUCCAUCAAGUCAGCUUUGGUCAUGGUUCCCACGGAACGUAAGCUGGAUGACGAAUCGCUGGUGACAGUCUUUGCAGAAGCGGAAACAAUGAUCAACUCUCGGCCUUUGACCUUCGUUUCGCUGCAGACGUCAGACCAGGAAGCGAUAACCCCAAAUCACUUCCUGCUGUUAAGUUCAACUGGAGUACAACAACCGAUAAAGCAGCCUGUAAGCGAAGGAGAGUCAUUGCGGAGCAGUUGGAACAUGAUGCAGCACACAUUGGAUAGGAUCUGGCAAAGGUGGAUCACCGAGUAUCUGCCGACGAUAACAAGGAGGACCAAGCGGUUCCAAAAUGUGCGACCAGUCAAAGAGGCCCUGCUGUUUGCGAAGCAUCCCAAAGAGCGAUUGAAGAUGAAGGACGUCAAAAGAAGAAAUGCCGUCGAAGGCAUUAAUCGAUUGGCCCAGUUUCUCGCCGACUACGUUCCCGAGCUGCCUCAAAACCUGCAGAAGGAAUACGAAAACCUGGCUGACUCCGAAGAAUUUGGAGCUGAGCGCACUGUCUGCAUCACUGUAUCCAACCAGUUUCAAACCAUCUUCCUGUUCAACUCCAAGUCGCAAUACCAAAUCUUCAGUACCGAUCAGGAAUCGGACAACUCGCUUCAGCUCUAUCCAAUCCCGCUGCGUCGGACGGCUGCAACUCCGACUGAGAAUCGACACGGCUGCUGCAAUGUCAGGUCUUGUGUUCGUGGCCACGUACAACAGCGCACCAACGAGACUGUGGUAUUGUACGUUGUCAGCAAGUGGCUCACCAUCUGA